AUGAAGCCAAGCGAAGAUGAACAUGCUCAUUCAAGGCCAUCCUAUCUUGGAGUGGGAAUAACUUUACCAGAAAGGGAUGAACCACAAGAGACUGAUGACAUCAGAACAAAUCUGUCUGAGAGGUUUUCAUUGUUUGGGGAUGCUGAAUCUGACACUACCCCUUUUCAGAAAAGCGCUGCAGAGCCUAAAGAACAUAUGCAUGUAUAUCUUCGUGUGCGACCAUUUACUGCAUCUGAAGUUGAGCAAAAUGAGUCACAGGAUUGCGUCAGCAUCCCCGAUGCCUGCAGUGUCCUAGUGAAGGCACCACAUCAUUCACAGGCUAGUCGGCUAAGCGAGAAAGGCGGUAGUACAGUGGCUCAGAAGUUCACCUUUACUAAUGUAUUCGGCCCUGAGACCACACAGAGUCAGUUUUUUGAUGGUACCCUUAAAAAACAAGUGCUUGAUUUUAUGAAAGGUCAUAAUCGACUGAUUUUUACUUAUGGUGUUACCAAUGCUGGAAAAACCUUUACCUUCCAAGGUACACAAUAUGAUGCAGGCAUCUUACCAAGAUCAAUGGAAAUGCUUUUUAAUACUAUUGAAGGAAAAGUCUAUUCCAAGAUGGACAUAAAACCUCACAGGUGCAGGGACUAUAUACGGCUGACCAAAGAGCAGAUUAAAACAGAAACUGCAUUCAAAAACAGUGUACUUCGUCACACUAAAGAGGUUGAUCCUCAGUGUAGCAUUAGGAGCAACAAUAGCAGGACCUCUGGAGACACUACUGACUUGCUGGCUGAUGAUGGACUCGCUAACUACUCUCGUGUCCUGUCUGAAUGUGAAGAACGGUUAAGGGAAUCGGAAGGAUUUAGCCUGGAUGUGGAUGAAUCAACAAAGUUUUCUGUUUGGGUUUCAUUCUGUGAAAUUUAUAACGAGUGCAUUUACGAUCUGCUGGAUCCGGUAUCGGGGGACAGAUUUUAUAAAAGGAAAACUCUAAAGCUUUCUCAGGACAUAAAAGGAUUCUCAUUUGUCAAAGAUCUCCAGUGGAUACAGGUUUCUAAUGCUAAGGAAGCAUGCAAAAUUCUUGCUUUGGGGAAAAAGUUCCAGAGUAUUGCUUUCACCAAGCUAAAUAGUUCAUCCAGCAGAAGUCACAGUAUAUUUACUGUUCGCUUGUUAAGAAUUGAAGAUGUGGAGGUUCCACGAGUGGUCAGAGUCAGCGAAUUGGCACUGUGUGAUUUGGCAGGCUCUGAACGAUGCACAAAAACUCAAAACGAAGGUGAAAGGCUUAAAGAGAGUGGAAACAUAAACACUUCUUUACUAAUUCUUGGCAAAUGUAUUAAUGCACUGAAGAACAGCCAGCACUCAAAGAUCCAGCAUGUGCCUUUCCGGGAAAGCAAGCUUACGCACUACCUUCAGAGCUUUUUCAGUGGCAAAGGAAAAGUGUGCAUGAUUGUGAACAUCAGCCAGUCAGCCUCUGCCUAUGAUGAGACGCUUAAUGUGCUCAAAUUCUCAGCGGUUGCCCAAAAGGUGCUUGUGCUGGAAUCCAGCCAAUCCACAGAAAACAGCCAGGCAAAGAGUGCAAGAGAAGUUUCUUUCAUAAUCAAUAAUGCUGACAACAAGAUGUGGCUUUCAAGAAGGCGAGCAACGGUACAGUGGGAUUCCCACUUGGAGAAUGUUCUAGAAGAUGAAAAUGAUGAGUUUGAGGAAAAUUGCGAGGAUGAAGAAUGUCUUGACUGCACCAAUCUAGAGGAACAAGAUGAUGAUGAGGAGGAGGAGGAGGAAAUUCUCAUUAAGAAAGAGACUUAUGAGAAACUAUUGGAACUUGUCAAUGAUCUAAAAACUCAACUUGUCAAUGAAAAAAGGGAUAAACUUGUAAUGGAAUUUAAGAUCCGGGACGAUGUAACUAAAGAAUUUACACAGCACUACGUUCAGCGUGAACAUGACUUCAGGGAAUGCUUACAAAAGGAAAAAGAACUUAUGGAAGAAAGAUGUGAUGAAAGGAUGGAGAUUUUGCAGGACUUGGUGAGAAAAUGUUCUAAUGAAGAGGAAGAUGAGGAGAACGACGUCAAAGAAACGGACACCGUAACAGAUACAACUGUCCAGGUUGAUGAACCCAGCUUGCCACUUCAAGGACUCUUCUCUUCUAUGCAGAAUGACCUAGUAGCAAUCAAGAAGCAAGCAGUAGAGGCUCAUCAUCAUAUUGCAGCUAUUCAUGAUGAUCCAGAGACCGUUACUCAACUGGAAAACAAAUUACAGCAAGUGACAUCUGAACUUGCUAAAACGCAAGAGGAGCUAAAAAGGAAAUCUGUUGAAUUGGAAGAUUAUAUUGAGAAGUCCAGAAGUCGGGACCUUCAACUGGAAGAAGCGGACAAAAAACUCUCAUCACAAAGGCAGCAGGUUGAUAAACUAAUGGACAUGAUUCAAGAAAAGGAUACGGCCACUGAAAAGCUUAAAGACCUUCUUGCUCACUGGGAGGCAAAAUGUGAAGAUUACGAGAAAACUGUAAACGAUAUUAGAGGAGAAAUGGCCAAAUUCAGCCACAGCGAAGAUGGCAGCUCUACAAGUCGGAAGAGGCCACCCGAGGAUCACCACCAUCCACAGGAUCAGCCUCCAACAAAGAAAGAACUUGUGGAAAAUAAUGAUUUUAACAUGGAAAAUUACAAGCGGAAAAAAUCCUUGGAGAACAAAGAGAACAUGGACAUGCGCCACAAAUUAGAAGAGGUUAGGGUUGAAAAAGAGCAGUACAAAGCUCAAGUACUCCACCUAAAUCAGACUAUUGUUGAGUUGAAAGAAAGGCUUGCUAGCUGUGAAGAACAGGUUAUUGAUUUAAAGUCAAAAAAUGGAACCAUAUCUUGUGAGCUGCAGGCAAAGAAAGAUCUUGCUUCCACUCUGCAAGGAACUGUUGAAAUGUUAAUGCAGGAGAUAGAUCACAACAAACAAAGCACUGCUAGUAAGGUUGCACAAAUCAAAACUAUUCAGAGUAAGCUGGACAAUUUUAAUAAAAAUGAGUCAAAGGCAGACUCUGAGGCAGAAUGUCUUAAUUUAAGUGAUACAGUUCAGAGCUCAUUUCUGAUAUCUUUAACAUCUGGUGGAAGUGACAGUCUAGUGGAAAAAAUGGGAUCAUUAAGAGAGAGUGCAUUUUACAAUGCCAUAGAAGGUUUAUGGAGGAAAUGUCAAGAAGUUCUAAAGGAAUCGUCCAAAAAGAACAAGCAGAUCCAAAAUCUUGAAAAAGAACUUGUAGGCCUGAAGAACAAUAUGGCUGAACUACAGAAGGCAAAGGACACCUUACAAGUAAACCUCCAGGAGGCUCAUUCUCAAGGCUCCGUUCUAAAAGAAAAAGAACAGCUUAUUAUUGACCUUCAAAAACAAUUGUCGGAAACCUCCAAUGAUUUGGAGAGACAUAAAAAGCAAGAAAUGGAUUAUAAAAAUGAGGUAUUGUUGAAUAGCCAACAGAUAAAAGAUCUAGGCCUUCUUGUGGAUUCUUACAGAGAAAAAUGGGAAAAGCUUAGCAGCUUGGAAAACGAGACCAAAGAAAAAUCUGUUGCCUUUCUGUCGCUGGAAGAACAGUUGGCAGAUCUCCAGGCAGAACAUAUGAAUUGUGGAAAACAACACCAGAAAUUAGCUGCUGAAAAGGAUGAAUUACAAAAGAAGAUUAAACAAGGGCUGGAAGAGCUUUCAAUUGCUGAGAAUGCCAAAAACGAAAGAGAGAAGCAAAUCACAGAGACAACGAAGGAAAUGGAACUGGUAAAGAAAGACCUUUCAAAACAAACCAAUCAACUACAAGCGGCACAACUGGACCUUCAAAGAAAGGAAGAGGACUAUGCAGAGUUGAAAGAGAAACUAGCUGAUGCUAAAAAGCAAAUGCAGCAGGUUGAAAAAGAGGUUAGUUGGCUUGUGAUUGUCCAAGUCAGCCCUAAUAUGACUUCCUCCUCCUGGGAGCAUGAUGUGGGUGUCAAGGUUCUGGAAGCUCUUAAACACCCUUUGAACCCAUCAGACAUAUUAGAUUUCCUCAUUGCCAUCGCUUCUGUGAGUACAUCCCAAGGAGAUGUCUCUUCACUGUUUAAUGUGGCACAAGCUGUCCCUGAACAGCGUGAUACUGAGAAAAAUGGAGGCACAAUGCAGCUGUACCAGAAAGCAUGUCAAGAUGUAGAUGCAAAGGAAAAGAUAAUUGAAGACAUGAAGCUGACACUCAUAGAACAGGAACAGACCCAGGAAGAACAAGACCAGGCACUUGAGGCCAAAGUAGAAGAAGCAGAAAAAUUGGCUGAAGAAUUGGAAUUGUGGAAACAAAAGUAUAGAGAGCUUGCAAAGAUCUCUAGUAAAGAAAUCCUAACAAAGUUAAGUUGCGAGACUAAUAAUAACGUGGAGACUGUCAACUCAGAGGUAACCAAGCUACAGAACCAGCUAAAAGAGUUUGAAGAGAAAUACAGCAAUGACAGAAAGAAAUGGCUAGAAGAGAAAAAGACCCUUAUAGCUCAGGCGAAAGAGUCAGAAAAUCACCGAAACAAGGAAAUGAGAAAAUUUGCUGAUGAUCGAGAACGUUUUACAAAGCAACAGAGUGAAAUGGAACAACUCUCGGCUCAGUUGGCUGAGAAGGAUAGUACUCUUCAGAAAUGGCGCAAUGAGAGGGACACACUUGUCUCAGCACUUGAAAUCCAGCUGAAAAGUCUGCUGUCCAGCAAUGCUAUAAAAGAGCGAGAAAUUGAACAUUUAAAACAAAUUACCAAUGCACACAACAAUAAGGAUUCUUCGUCUCUGGAAGAUAUGAAGAGGCAGCUAGCUGCUAGUGAAGCCACCAUCAAAAAGCUGCAGAAAAAACUCUCAGAAAUGGAACCAGCCUCAUCUGCUACUACAGCUGGAUUGGUGGAGAAGUCACAAACCCCGAUCACUGAACAACCUGAAUCAGCCAACUUGUUGGGCAGAAAUAACAGCAAAGGGGAUUCUUCUUUAAGAAGUGAUGUUUCCACAAGUGACAGUCAGUUACCGGAUGGUUCAGAUACUGUAUUGGACUCCUCUAUGAUUUCAACAGAAAAUGGAAAAACCAGCAGGUUUCCUAAACCACAGAUGGAGAUUAGCUUUAGUCCAGCAAAACCAAACAAAAUGGAAAUUAAACAUCAUGGAGAUGACUCACCAAUAACUGUGAGAAUUACUAGAACUGCAAGAAAGAGGAAGAGUGCUGAAAUGGCGCAGCAUACAAUGCUCUCAAGCUGCUGGAAAAUUAGAUGCAAAGAGUCAGAGGGCACUAGGAACAUUUGUCGGGAUACCGUAAAAAUUGAAAACCGGAAAAAUACAAGGACAAAUAAAAUGAUACCAUCCACCAUGUCAAGUCCUGCUAUCAAUAGCAAUGAAUCAAAGAAACAAAUGCUGACAAAACAGCUAUCCACGUCCAGCACUACCUCUAGUCGGAAAAAAGAUGGGACCCUGCAAAAGCUUGGGGAGUUCUUACAGAGCUCUCCUUCCAUUUUCCAGAAUAAAGCCAAAAAACUGCUUGGAACAAUUGCGGCUCCAAAGACGACAAAUUUGAUUUCUGGCCAUAAAGAAGAGGAGAGUAAACCCAAGAAGAACAGGAGAAAGUUGUACACUGCUGAAAUCUCAGCUCCACUAGACAUCCCUGCUCAUGCAAUCAUUAUGGACACUAAUGAAAGGGAAAGUGAUCACCUUAUAAUGAAGAGACGGCUUAGAACAAGAACAGCUAAAUAAGAUUAACUUUUUGUUACUUCUUCAUCCUGUGGUAUUCAUACAACACAUGUAGAUAUCCCUCUUCUAUCUGUACAGAUGAUAAUUAUCUAAACUUAUUACAAUUGUUUCAAAGCUGAACUCUGGGGGGGAAAUGCCUUGUGCUCUGUAAAAAUAAGCUACCUCUAAUGAUGGUAAUCUUAGGUC